UUUUGACUCUUUGUCGACACAUAUCUUUUUUAUACGAAUUUCAUUCGAGAUUUUUAGCCAAAGAUCGUUUACACAAUGUCUUGAAAAGUAAACAAGCUGCGCGUUAUCGGGAAGUUUCUUUUGGUGAGGCAACUGCCCGAGAUUUUGUGAAGUGAUGUGGUUAAACCGCUACUUUUGUGAAGUUUUUCUACCAUAACGAGUGUUAUUGUGCUAACAGUUUAUUUUCUCACGUUCGUGUUCCGUGUUCUAGAUGGUCGUCGGACGACCUGAUAAUGUCAGAAUACGAUCUGCAGUUCCAAGCAGACUUGGAGAAGGCGCAGGCUCUGAGUUUAGAGAGCCUAGCGCUCGAGCAAUUUCGGAGAAAGAAGCAACUGAGCUCAGGUGAAAAUUAUAAUGGCAGCGGGCCCGCCAGUGGCCGCCUGCGCGAGGAGCCCGACGCACCGCCGCCCGCGCUGCCGCCGCCGCCGCGCCGCCCCUCCAGAGGCCGCACCAGCACGGACUCCUCCAAAUCUACAAGCACAAGUCCUACGAGAAACGAAAGCAGUGACCUCAUAUCUUUUGCGAGCCCGACAAGCAAGACAGCACCUAAAGAUCCGCACGCGUCUCUCAAAGAGUACAUCGAACAGUUUAACAACGUGACCCAGCAGACGCAAGAACUAGCCCUAACCACAACAACACAACAAUCAACCAUGAACAACCACUAUUACAACCAACGCCCCGGUUUCCCCCCCUACCCGUACAACCAGCCCCCCUACAACCAGUACCAGUUCCAAUCCCCCCCUUAUCCAAGCACCCCCUACGGCAUGCCGACACCUAUGACCCCUCCAUACCCUUACUAUCCUCCUGAGUCUCCAUAUACGGCUCCCAGAUUCCCGAAUGUCCCAUAUAAUCAGACUAGAAUGUCCUCUCCUACGCCUUACGUCGGUUACCCCCCACCUACAGUCCCCCCGCAUACUCCAGUAUACAACUAUAACACAACUAACAUGGUCUCACGACCCACGCCCCCGACUCCUAGUAUAUAUCCUCAGUUGAAUCAGGUGCAUAGCUACCCGCCCUUGCAGGGAACUACUAGUACUAGUACUACUGGUCAGGAAGUGAAGGAAACAGUGGAUAGCAGUAAAGUGAGGAAGACGUCAGAAGUCAGUACUGGGUCGAACGAAUCCGCGGACACCGUGGGCAGCCUGCCCCACUCCAUGAACCUGAUCGACUUCGGGCGCCAGCGCCACUCCGGGCAAGGUAGCGUGCGCGUGAGUGUGCUCGAGGCUUUCGACCCGCUACUCACAGAGCCGAGUAGCCCGGAAUAUGCAGUGGCUAGCGAAGGCUCCGGCAGCGUGUAUGAAGAGUACGACCCGCUAGACUUCCUCUACGGAGAGACAGAGAUGCGAGAGACUCCUGUUUAUGGGAAGAUAGAUAGAAGGAAAGAGAGCGCGAUACUGCCGUCGCCUCCGCCUAAGAACAUACCAAGCGUGCCGGCUGUUGUUAAGAGGACAACUACUAAUAAACUAUACGACUGCAUAAUAAAAUGUAGGACGAGGAACAGUGAUAGUGAGCACAACGCGUUUUUGAAGAUGGUGUUAGAUGUAAGAAAAAGAUUUGUCCAUUCUGAUCAUUCGACGAACCCUGGGCACGUAGUCGCGGCGCGCUCUGGAGGAAGAUACCCUCCUAACACCAGUAUCAAGAUUCUAGUCCACCACAAUCACUCGGAGGAACCGAUCACCUUCACGUCUGAUGUGGAGUCAACCGUGGAACAUGUGAUAUUGACCGUAGUUUGUUCACUGGACGAAGAUACGAGAGAUGAUAUGUCUGAAUAUAUGUUAAGAGUAUGGGGUGCCAAAGAAUACCUAACGCCGGGCAGCUCGCUAAGCGAGUACGACUAUAUUCGCGAGUGCGUUAGAUUAGAGAAGGACGUCCGACUGUGUCUACACGAAGGAAAGGACCGCGCGUUAGCAAGGACAGAGAGAGAUGACGCUAGAGACGCGCAUCUGUCGCUGGAUGACUUGAUUCCUGUGCAGGGGGCGGCACCGUUGCUGUCUUUUGAUAAUUUGUCUAUUUUACUAGAAACCCUAGAAGGCGAGCUAUCCCGCGCAGUGGGCGUAGUGGGUGCAGAAGGCACAUGCUCGCCCAAAGCUGUCUUCCAAGCUGUCAAAGCCAUCUGUGCGUUAGCUGGAGGAGUAGAAACCCUUCAUGUCACUCACACACUCAAUGCUUUCGCGCAAGCAGCUACGGGGGCAUCGGGCACCAACAACCUCAUAACCCCCGAGAUUCAAGCGGACACCGGCCAGUAUUGCUCCGUGUCCAUCCGCUCCGCGACCGCGAGGGAAACCGUCCAGCACCAGUGCAACCGCGUGCGAGACGCCGUCCGCUCACUCAUAGCACUCUACACUAGAACUAGACUGCUGGAUUUCCAGCUGGCUGAUUCCCACUUGACACCACAGGGUGCUUCUGAUAAAGCGACCCCAGCCUACAAGAUGACAGAGACGACGCUAUUCUGCAUAGAAGCAGUGCACCGGCUGCCACCGAGCUGGGCGCACGAGGACUACGUGUUCCACGCGCAACUGCACUACGGCACGAGGCCGCUCAAGGCUCUGCGGCUCACGCACACUUCCAGGAUCGACUCUGCCGGUUUCUAUAACAGAAUCAUCUUUGACACAUGGUUGAACCUCGAAGACGUCCCGAUAAGCCAGCUGCCGCGCGAGGCCCGCCUUGUACUAUCCCUGUACGGGCGCACCCGUCGUCCGGACGACGCGCACAACGAGAACGACAACGACAAGCAGAACAACGACGACGACGUGCUGUAUGACCUCGUCGAGUUGGGCUGGGCUAGCUUACAGCUGUUUGAUUUCGAUGGCAUGCUAGCGUCCGGUUCGUACGUGCUGCCGCUGUGGCCGGCGUGCUGCGACCGGCGCCUGGGCCCCGCGCCGCACCCCAUGGACGAGCCGCCGGAACCCUUCCCCGUUGUCAAUAUUGAAAUCCCAACGUACAUCCACCACGGCGUGCGUUGGACGGCGGGCGAAAUAGAGAAAUCCAUAACAGACCCACUGCCGCCGUUCGACUCUUUAGAUGGUCACACACAAUCUCAGCUGCUACAUCUUAUAGAACAAGGCGCGUACCAGAGAAUGCCCACCGAUUGUAGAGAGGUGAUGUGGGAGAAACGCCAGUACCUUGUCCAGCUUCCCGGAGCACUGCCUUUAGUACUUCUAGCCGCUACGAACUGGUACGGCGAGCAUCGAGCACAACUAGUGAAUCUGCUAAGGCGGUGGGAAAAGCCCUCUCCUCUCAACGCCAUGCACCUUCUGCUGCCCUGUUUCCCUGACUCGGAAGUGCGAGAAACGGCCACGAGUCUCAUCAACGCUAUGUCCGACGAUGAUCUGUGCCGCGUGCUACCACAGCUGACUCAAGCUUUACGACAUGAGACCUAUCUGACUAGUCCUCUAGCAGAACUGUUAUUGUCAAGAGCCUUAGCGGCACCGGCGGUAGCUCACAGAUUGUUCUGGCUUCUUGUCCAUUCGCUACCAAAUGUUCCACAGGCACCAAGUCAAGAGUUCUUAGGCAUAACUUUAGAAGACAACGCGACAGAGCCACAAGAAUCUGUUGAAUGCGUGACGGCUACGUGGCGAUAUAGACUCAUGUUGAGGGCUUUACUAGCGGUCUGCGGAGAACAACUCACACGGACAUUGGUUAGGCAACAGUUGCUUGUGAAGACACUGUCCGAAAUAGCGCUCUCAGUGAAAGCCGCCAAGGACGGCGGGCGAGCUCGCGCGCUCAGCGCCGGCGGCGAGAGGCUGGCCGCUCUACUGCGCGCCGAGCCCGCCGCUCUACCUUUAGCUCUACAUCAAUAUGUACAUGACGUCGAUGUCAAGUCGUGUAUGUACUUCAAUUCGAAUACUCUACCUCUCAAAAUUAACUUCAUCGGCUGUGACAACGCUGUCGUGCCUGCCAUGUUUAAGGUCGGUGAUGACUUGAGACAAGACGCCCUCGUGCUUCAAGUGAUGAAAGUGAUGGAUAGUCUGUGGCUCAAAGCCAACUUGGAUCUCCGGAUGGUCACCUUCCAGACAUUGCCUACGAGUGAUAGAAGAGGCAUGAUAGAAAUAGUAGCGGAGGCGGAGACCCUCCGAGCCAUACAGACAGAGUGGGGCCUGACGGGCUCGUUCAAGGACAAACCUAUAGCUGAAUGGCUCGCCAAACACAACCCCUCAGAGCUCGAGUACCAGCGCGCCAGGGACAAUUUCACCGCUUCGUGCGCCGGCUACAGUGUAGCAACAUAUCUCCUGGGCAUAUGCGAUCGGCACAACGACAACAUUAUGUUGAAGACGUCAGGCCAUCUCUUCCAUAUUGACUUUGGCAAGUUCUUGGGAGAUGCACAGAUGUUUGGCAAUUUUAAAAGAGACCGUGCACCAUUCGUCCUAACCAACGACAUGGUAUAUGUCAUAAACGGAGGCGACCGUCCUACGCAACGGUUCCAGCAUUUCGUCGAACAGUGCUGUAUGGCCUUCAACGUUAUUCGGCAACAUCACGACCACAUAUUAGAUCUGUUCGCUUUGAUGGCAGCAUCCGGCGUCCCCGGGGUGACGUCGACGGCGGUGAGCUACGUGCGCUCGGCGCUCAUGCCCGACGCCACCAACGCCGAGGCGGCCGCCGCCUUCGCUAGGCUCAUACACUCCUCGCUCAAGAGCAGGUUCACGCCUAUAAACUUCUUCCUGCACAACCUGGCGCAGUUCCGCGCGAGUGGCGACACCAACACCAGCUCUUCGGAACUACUGUCCUUCAUGCCCAGGACUUACACAAUGGCGCAAGAAGGCCGCCUAGUCAGCGUGGAAUGUCUCGGCUUCGAGAAACGCUACGACCCAGAAAAGCAUUACGUCUAUGCGCUCCGCAUCUACCGGCAGGGCCAAGCCACGCCGUCCGUGCUAUACCGGUCAUACAAGCACUUUACAGAGCUGUACCAGAAAAUCUGUCUGCACUUCCCGCUGGCUAAAGUUCAUAGUUUGCCAUCCGGUCUCCACGUCGGCCGCUCAAACAUCCGGCAAGUAGCGGAACGACGUUUCGGCGAUGUCCAAGCGUUCCUCACCUCGCUCUUCAGUCUCGCCGACGAAAUCGCUCAUUCAGACCUGGUGUAUACCUUCUUCCAUCCACUGUUGAGGGACCAGCAAGAUGUGGAACCACAGAGAAUGAAGAAUAGAGGAGAGACCGCGGAGGCUGAGAACACCGGGUCCGGCUCACUAAAGAUGUCGGUUCAGUACGCCGGCGGAGUGUUGUCCGUGCUCAUACUGCACGCGCAGUCGCUGGCCGCCACCGCGCAGGGCAUCCCGCCCAACCCUUAUGUCAAGGUGUACCUUGUACCGGACCCUACCAAAGAGACGAAGCGAAAAACACGCGUGCUGAAAAGGAAUUCGCACCCCUCCUUCAUGGAAAUGUUGGAGUACCGCCUGCCCAUAGACGUGGUACAGAACCGGUGUCUACAAGCCACGGUGUGGCACUACGACUCCUUACAGGAAAACACAUUCCUCGGCGGAGUGAUGAUACCCCUCAACACUCUACCUUUGCGUCAAGAAACCGUUGCGUGGUACCCUCUGGAAUACAUACCCCGGUAGCUACUGCUCGCAGGGUCCGCGCUGUGGACCGCUAGAUAGGACUGCUAUAUUGUGGAGGUAACCGCGACUUAUACAAUUAUACUGUAGUUAUAUAGAACUGUUCAAAUCCCGCCCAGAUUUUUUUCUUUGAUUGGAGGAACUAUAUCCAGUAAAAGUUUGAAGACCCCGGCUCUAGCACACCGACCUUAUCAGAAUAAAGAAGUAGCUAAUUUGAUGAGAGAUGAGUGGCGUCGUCCUGCUAUAGAAAAUUUGUAUUUCGUGCUUUUCUACUAAGAAUGUGGGUGUGUCAGAGUAUAGAUAGACACUGUCUUGUGGAAAAAAUACACAUUUUUAAAGUGCGUUCAUUUGAAUUUGCGGCUUGUGUAAAGAUGUCACUGUGUAUAGGUUGACAAUCGGAAACGGAAAAUUAAUCUUUCUGUUAUUUUCAAAUGUUGGUUUACAGUUCAAAUAGCUUUUAGUAUUCAAUAUUGUUUGCUUGGCUACGCUGCGUUUUAGAAAGAGGCCUCGUACGGUCGAGUUCAGAAACAUCGUUAUAAUUCAACUUGCCAAAAAUAUAUCCACAAGUGUAUAAGAAAUGUGUACAUAAUAAUUAUAUUUGGAAAGUUGGUUUGAAAAGAUGUUCUUGAACUGUGUACACACGAAGCUAAAAAUUCCCUAUUAAUUUCAAAAAUCUCGUCGUCUUAAUAUUGUAAUUCCAUUUUGCCUCUCAAAAUGCUGCAAAAUCUAUAAAAGUGUGUCAAAUGACAAUUUAUGCCAAAAUAAUGUACUGAACUGGUAAUAAUCGUAAUAAGAACACGAAGAAUCGAAGUUCUAAAUAUGUUCUGGAAGUUAAAUUUUCAGCUUCAGGAAAGAUCGGCUCAUAUGUUAACAUAGAUAGCUUAAUAGUUAAAUAAUAUUUUAAUACCUUUGCUCUUAAGGCCAGAGCACACGGAAUGCGUGUGCGUAGGCGUGCACGCACAUGUCACGCACGUGGUGUGACGUCUCAUAAGCAGAGAUCGGACAACUGGGCGCCAUUCUAACAACAUAAGGUUCAUUAUUCCGAAAACGUCAUACAAAUGACGCCCAACUGUCCGAUCUCUGCUCAUAAGGGCAUUUUCAGAAAUUGGAAUCAAAAAUUAGUGACAGUUGUUAACAAAAAUUAACUCGAUGUCAGUUUUGUGACGUCAAUUAAGAAUACAAUUUGUCUAGAAACCAACUUUUUUCAUGUUCUAAAUGUAAAUUAUUGCUUAUAGUUUAUGUAAUGAACACAAAAGCAAUAUUUUUUAUUGAAAUUUCAUGCUUAACUGUCGUCACAAAACUGACAUUUAGUUAAGUCCCAAUUUUUGAAAGUGCUCAUAAACAUCCGUAUAAGUAUUACAACGCGCAAUCCACGUGCGCGCAUCUAGUGUGCACAUUCCUUAUGAUGUAGGUAGUUGAAAUGAUGUACCGUUAAUGUAUCCUUAGUAUUAUAUGUACGUAUUCGAGAGUAGUAUUUGCUCAUAAAAAGGCAGCUUUAUUAAAAGAUAUAAUUGGUAUUUGAUAAAUUUAAAGAAAUGCAUAUCUAUAAGCUUAGUUCGACGCUUGUCUUGUAUGUAAAUGCCGCCGAGUUAUACACCCUGUUUUUAUUGAAUUCCGUUAACUUUAAGUGAUGGUUCUUUAGAUCAAAUACAAUUAAUUUCUCUAAAAAAACUAGCGUCUUAACUCGUAAUAACACGAUAACCGUAAGGUUAUCGUGUUAUUAAAAAAAUAAAAAUAAUUACUGAACACGUGUGUGACAGCCUUUACCACUUCCCAAUGUUAUUUGUUUUAACAUGUGUCGUCAAUCACUUGACACUAAC